AUUCAUAACUUAUUCUUGAAGAUUAUAUUAUAUGGGAAUAUAAGAGUUAAUUUUUUCCCAUUUAUAGUCUUAAAUUGCAUUAUUAUUAUCACCAUUCCAAUCUUCUUUCCUCAAUAAGGAUGAAAUUCCCAAAGAGUGUUCUCUAAACUACUCCAUAAAAUAUUUUCCAAAUAUCUAUAUAUUAGGACAACUCAAAAAUCUUUGUUCAAACUUUGUUGAAUUUUAAGUUUGGUAAUAGUUCAUCUGAAUAUCUUAAUAUGAGAGAAGUUUGGAAUAUAGGAAGAUGCAAUCAACAACUAUCAAUAGUUGAAGAAGGAGAAGGAGAAUCAACAAAAUCUUCAAAUACAAACACAAUUAUGAGCCGUUUUGAGUCACCAGCUUCUGCUUUUUAUGCAACAGAAAAUUGCAUGGGAUUUGCAGAAUUUGAUAACCAAGUUGAUAAUAGUAAUAAUAAUCCAAGUUUGAGUUCUCAAUUAUAUAAGCUUAAUGAUUUGGAGUUCCCUUUGUAUCAAUCUCUAAGGGAAAAUAAUCAUUUCUUGGAAUCAUCAAACCAACUUGAUCCUAACUUGGAAUUUUCAAACACUUUGCAAGCAUUGGUGAAAUCUCAAUUGAAUGGUAAUCAAUGUCUUAGAUCGCCAGAAAACUCGAAUAAAUUUUCGUGUGAGGAUUUUCCCGGGAUUAAGUCCUUUCCAAUUGAACAACAAAAGUUGUUUUUUGAUGGUCUUGCCUCAGCUAGCAACAGCUCAUCAUUUUGUAACAAAGGAAAUCAUGACUAUAUGGUUGCUCGAGGACCUUAUCAUUUAUCGGUUGAACAAUUGAAUUUCGCUUCUCAUCAUGAUCAGAAGUUGUGUCCAACAAUUUCAGCUGGAAGUUCAUCAACUUCUCAUGGAAAUACUACUUCUAAUGGGAAUGUAGUCUCGAGUAAAACACGAAUUAGAUGGACAAAGGAUCUUCAUGAGAAGUUUGUUGAGUGUGUGAAUCGCCUCGGAGGUGCUGAGAAGGCAACACCAAAGGCUAUAUUAAAGAUGAUGGAUUCUGAUGUUUUGACCAUAUUCCAUGUGAAAAGUCAUUUACAAAAAUAUAGAACUGCAAAAUUCAUGCCAGAGUCAGUUCAAGGUAAAUCUGACAAAAGAAUCCAUACAGAGGAUCUACAUCAUGUUGGUGUUAAAACUGGAUUUCAAAUCAAGGAAGCACUUCAACUUCAAUUAGAUGCACAAAGGCGUCUUCAUGAACAACUCGAGAUUCAACGAAUGUUACAAUUGCGACUUGAGGAACAAGGCAGACAGCUGAAAGAAAUGUUUGAUAAGCAGCAGAAGACAUCUAAUAACCUCUUUAAUACUCCAAAUACAGUUAAUGAUGAUAGUACAAAAAUUAGUCACAAAGAUGCUGAGGUUUCUAUUUCUGAAGGGGCUGAAAAUUCUUUAAUCCCUUGUAAAAUCUCUUUGGAUACAUAAUUUGAUAGUUAUUAUGUAUAAAACUAUAGUUUCUCUGAAGCUUACUCCUUGUAAGCAACAGAUAAAUGACACCAUGAAAUUUUGUUAUGGGAAUAAAAGUAUGAACAUGUUGAUCCUACAAAGUACAAAUAUAAAUUCAGUGAGUUAUUAGUACAUAUAUUCUAGUGUUAUUGCAUAUAAUGUAUCCUAUAGAAACAUUAUGAUCAGGGAAAAUAAUUAUUUGAUUCAUUAUGA